CUUAAUAUUAAUAAAGCACGCCUUCGCCUAGGUGGGUAUUGUAAUUUAACCUCCUAAAAGCUGUUUUGCGAGGUGAAAGGAAAACACGACUACAAAACCUGUUUCCACCUUAAGUGUGAGCGCUGAGGUUUAAAGGGAGAUAUUUGCAGGCAAAUUAUAUUACAAACAAACAGGAGUUCAUUGAAGUAUUCGUUCAUUUAAAGAAGAAAACAUGAAUUUUAUUCCUCUCGUCCUGCUUGUCUUUGGUUUGAGUUCUACACUGGCACAGAAUUCUACAGCAGCACCUAAUAGUACAACAUCUUCAAGUACAGCAACAUCGACUACAACACAAUCUUCAACUACAGCAACAACACAAUCUACAAGUAAAGCACCACCUGCUACAACACCACGUCCAAGUUGUGAGAGCAAGAAUGGUACAAGCUGUGAGGAAUGCUUGGAAAAUGUGGAAUGUCUGUGGUGCAUCCCGACAAAAAAGUGUAUAACAUACCCAGCCAAAACCAUCCUGCCCCCCCAUUCCCUCUGCCCACUGAAUGAUGCUCGACGGGGCCUCUGCACGAUAAACUUCCAGAUUUUGAUCAUUACAUUGUCAGUGGCUGGAGCGCUCCUCAUCAUUGGUGUUUUGUUGUGUAUAUUCUGUUGCUGCAAGUGUGAGAACGUUGGAUCUGCUCGAUUUGACAACAAGAUGAACCGGAAGCAAGACAAGAAGAAAACGAAACAAGAGGAGAGAAAAGCUGAGAUGAAGAUUAGACAUGAUGAGAUCCGUCAAAAAUACGGUCUCAGCAGGGCAAGUCCUUAUGCCAGAUUUGAAAAUCCCAACUAAAAUGAUGGUUGCGUUAUGUUAUAGAUGAACACUUUGACAAUCUGCUGUCUAUGCCAACAUUAUUAAAAUGGAUAAAUGGAAGAAUGAGACUCCACUGUGGUCAAAAUGAUGAAUUCAACCUAAGUCCAUUUAUGUUUAUUUAUUUUAUUUUCUACAAUUUUCCACAAAGGCUAUGCCUUUUUAAUCUCCUGUAAUAUAUAAUGUCUAAAAUCAUUUUGCUUUUUCCACUCAUUAAUUAAAACAGCUUUUUAAGUAUUAUUAUAUUUGUACAAAUGAUCAUUUGUAUAUUUCUGUUCUUGUCAGAAACGAUAAGAUCAAAAUGCUGACACAUUCCAUAAGCACUGAAUGGGUCAGGACUUUGCACAUCAUAUCAUUCUCAUGCUGAUUAGGCCAUUUAGUGAAUGUUGAAAAAACUGCCCCAUCAUAAUAUGAAAGUAUUUGCAAAUUACCCUUUAAAGGAUUCACUGAAACCUAAACGAUUCUUUGUAAAUGUACCUGAAUAUCUGAAGUCAAAUAAACACUAUUCUGCUAAGUUUGA